AUGGAGCAACUCAGGGAGCAGUUGAAUGAAAUCGCUGUCGGCCUGGAGAAUUCGGGCCACCGGCUCCUGUGGGUGGUGCGAGCUCCUCCAAGCGACGACCCCGAGCGGCUGUCCGACCCCCGCACCGACCCAGACCUCGACGAGCUCCUGCCGGAUGGGUUCUUGGACCGAAUAAACGGCCGCGGCCUCAUCCUCAAGCUGUGGGCGCCACAGGUGGAGGUGCUCCACCAUAAAGCAACAGGCGCGUUCGUGACGCACUGUGGGUGGAACUCUAUGCUGGAAGGCAUUAGAGCGGGUGUGCCCAUGCUCUGUUGGCCAUUAUAUGCGGAGCAGAAGAUGAACAAGGUGUUCAUGGUGGAGGAGGCCGGGAUUGGAGUGGAGGUCGCAGGAUGGCAGCAAGGGCUUGUCAAGGCGGGGGAGGUGGAGGCCAAGGUGAGGAUGGUGCUGGAGUCCGAGGAAGGGGAGCGGCUCAGGGCGCAGGUGACGACGCUCAGCAAGGCGGCAGCUGCGGCAUGGGAGGAUGGUGGUUCGUCGCGCGUUGCGUUCCAAAGGUUCUUGUCAGAUUCCGAGAAGCUCAAGGCUUAA